AUGGAUCAAUCACAGUUUCAGCAGCUCCUGGAACACCAGACUCAUCUAUUCGCGAGGCUGAUGAAGGAAGUAACAGCCAAGCAAGCACCGUCGGGAGCCCCAGCAAUCCCCGUUCCGCAGCCGUCUCCCUUGGUGGUGGAGGGGGACAUGGAAGAAAAUCUGAAUUUCUUCGAAAGAUGCUGGAACGAGUAUUCGAGUGCUACUGGAAUGGACCAGUGGCCGAUUUCUGAGAACGCGAAGAAGGUGAGCAUUCUUCUUUCGGUGAUCGGAGAAGCAGCCAGAAGAAAAUAUUUCAACUUUGAGCUGACGCCGGCCCAGCAAACUGAUCCGGUUACGACGCUGGCGGCAAUCAGAGCAAAAAUUGUGGCGAAACGGAACGUCAUUAUUGAUCGGCUCGAUUUCUUUUCGGCUGGUCAAUUUUCGCAUGAAUCCGUGGACGAUUAUGUGACACGUCUCAAGACUCUUGCCAAAGUAGCAAAGCUUGGCAAUCUUGAGGACGAACUAGUCACCUUCAAGGUCGUGACGGCCAAUCGAUGGCCACAGAUGAGGACGAAAAUGUUAUCCAUUGCUGACAUCACUCUUGCGAAGGCCGUGGAUAUGUGCCGAGCUGAAGAAAUCGCAGCAAAGCGGUCGCUGGAUUUAUCGAUUCCACCCUCGAAACCAGCUGAUGUCAACAAAGUGAGUAAAGGUAAGGCGGCGGCAAGAGCACUACGUUGCAAAUUCUGCGGAGAUCGUCACGAGUUUUCCAAAGGAAGCUGUCCUGCUUUGGGGAAACGCUGCCAUAAAUGCAACGGAAAGAACCACUUUGGAAUAGUAUGCAAGGCUAAGACAAAAUCGAAGCAACACAGAUCUCGUCGAGUAAAGGAGGUGAAGGACAACACGAGCGAGUCCGGCGACGAAACAACAUCGAACGACAGUUCAUCGGAGACAUCGGAAGAAGAAUACGAGAUCGGGAAAAUCUUUGACAACUCGGAUGACGGCGGAAGUGUCCUGGCUGUAUUGGAUCUCAAAUUUGGCGAAGUUUGGAAACCAGUUACUUGUGAAGUGGAUACAGGAGCGAAUACGAGCCUAAUUGGGAUAUCCAGUCUGGUGAAGCUGUGUGGAGUCGAUCCUCCUCUGCUACCCUCCAAACUGCGCCUCCAAAGUUUCGGAGGCAAUCCGAUCAAGGUAUUGGGACAGAUCAAGGUUCCAUGUCGUCGCCGAGGAAAGAAAUACCGCCUUGUGCUCCAGGUAGUGGACGUAGACCACCGUCCACUCCUCUCCGCCAAAGCUUCUCGAGAACUUGGUUUCGUGAAGUUUUGCAAAGCGGUAGUGUUUGGAAAACCGAAUGCUCAGGACGCACCAGAGAAUUUGCUGAACAUAUACCGGAUCAAGGCGCAGGAGAUCAUCAACAAACAUCAGGAUCUGUUCACCGGAUAUGGGAAGUUUGCUGGCACAGUAUCGCUGGAAAUUGACGACAGCAUCGUACCGUCAAUUCAACCUCCCAGGCGGGUUCCGAUAGCGAUGAGAGAAAAGUUGAAGAAGGAACUCGAACAGCUUGAAAGGGACGGCUUGAUUGUGAAGGAGGCAUCGCACACAGACUGGGUAAGUAAUUUAGUCAUCGUGCAGCGGCCAGGGUCGGAUGGUAUUCGAGUCUGCUUGGAUCCCGUUCCACUGAACAAAGCCCUGAAACGUCCAAACCUGCAAUUCGUCACACUUGAUGAAAUUCUGCCGGAGCUCGGAAAGGCCAGGGUAUUUUCAACUGUCGACGCUAAGAAGGGAUUCUGGCACGUGGUACUAGAUGAAGCCAGUAGCAAAUUAACCACAUUCUGGACACCUUUUGGGCGCUUUCGUUGGACACGCUUGCCUUUCGGUAUAGCUUCUGCUCCAGAAAUUUUCCAGCUGGAAUUGCAGGAAGCCAUCGAAGGUCUGGAAGGCGUCGAAUGCAUAGCAGACGACGUGUUGGUGUAUGGAAUCGGUGACACGUUCCACGAGGCGUUGGUGAACCACAACAAGUACUUGGAGGCACUCUUGGUAAGGCUGGAAGAGAAGAACGUGAAGCUGAAUUUAGCAAAACUCAAACUUUGCCAAACUUCAGUGAAGUUUUACGGACAUGUACUCACCGAUCAUGGUCUGAAGCCUGACGAGACAAAAGUAGCAGCUAUUCGAGACUUUCCAACUCCAACUAACCGAAAAGAGGUACAUCGUUUCGUGGGAAUGGUGAAUUAUUUGAGCCGUUUCAUCAGGAACCUUAGCGUAAACCUCACCAAUCUGCGAAGGUUGAUCUCCGAAGAAGUUCCGUGGCAGUGGACGAGUAUCGAAGAGGAUGAGUUCAGCAAGGUGAAAUCGCUGUUUUCCAACAUCGGGACGCUGCGUUACUACGAUCCCAACCUUCCAUUGACAAUAGAGUGUGAUGCAAGCUGCUACGGAUUAGGCGCUGCAGUCUUUCAGGAGGACGGAGUUGUUGGUUUUGCAUCUAGGACGCUAACAGCAGCAGAAAAGAACUACGCGCAGAUUGAGAAGGAGUUAUUGGCGAUCCUGUUUGCUUGUGUAAGAUUUAACCAGCUCAUUGUUGGGAACCCGAAGGCAGUUGUCAAGACCGACCAUAGACCGCUCAUCAACAUCUUUCAGAAACCGCUUUUGUCGGCACCCCGCCGGCUGCAACACAUGCUACUGAACCUGCAGCGGUACUCUUUGUCAAUCGUUUUUGUAACCGGGAAGAACAACGUAGUCGCUGACACUCUUUCUCGAGCGCCGGUGAUCAUCAGCGAACCAGAGGACGAAUACAGGAAGUUGAGUAUCUUCAAGGUGCUCAAAGAAGUCGAGGAUUGCAAGCCCACCAGCUAUUUGAGCAUCUCUGACCAGCGUUUGAGUGAGAUUAUACAGGAAACGAAGAAGGAUUCUUCGAUGCAGCUUAUUGUCGACUACAUCCGUCAUGGCUGGCCAACGACCAUCGACAAGGUACCCGAUAGCGUUAGAAUUUACUACAACUACAAAAACGAAUUGAGCACCGUUGACGGUUUGGUUCUGCGAAACGACCAGAUCGUGGUUCCAUAUGCACUGCGACGAAAGCUGAUCAAAUGCUGCCACGCUAACCAUGGCGGUAUGGAGUCUACUUUGAAACUAGCAAGGGCCAAUCUCUUUUGGCCCGGCAUGAGUUCCCAGAUAAAGGACGUCGUGAAGGAGUGUGCUGUCUGUGCCAAGUACGCUGCUUCUCAACCAAACCCUCCAAUGAUGAGCCACAACAUUCCGGUAUUUCCCUUUCAAAUGGUAAGCAUGGAUGUGUUUCUCGCAGAAUAUCGUGGUCGUAAGAGGAACUUCCUGAUUUCGGUCGACCACUACUCCGACUUUUUCGAGGUCGAUCUUCUGGAGGACAUGACGCCGGAUUCCGUCAUUCGCAUAUGCAAGAAAAAUUUCGCCCGUCACGGAGUCCCUCAAACAGUGCUAACGGACAACGGCACUAAUUUUGUUAAUCGCAAAAUGGUUGUGUUCGCAAGGGACUGGGAUUUUGAACACAUCACGUCGGCACCACAUCACCAGCAGGCAAACGGGAAAGCGGAGGCUGCUGUUAAAAUCGCCAAGCGGAUGAUGAAGAAAUGUGAGGAGACAGGUGAAGAUUUUUGGUUCGCUCUACUCCAUUGGCGUAAUGUGCCCAACAAAAUUGGGUCCAGUCCAGUGGCUCGCCUCUUCUCGCGAUCGACGAGGUGCAGCGUUCCAUCAUCUGUAACGAAUUUGUUUCCCAAAGUGGUGGAGGAUGUACCUGAAACAAUUAAAAAGCAACGUAAACGUUCCAAAUUCCACUACGAUGCCAAGUCUCGCAACUUACCUGACUUACAGGUGGGUUCCCCCGUGUACGCUCAGCUGAAUCCGCAAGAAACCAAAAUAUGGACACCGGGGGUAGUAACGAACCAGCUAAGUGACCGAUCGUACAUGGUGAAUGUUAAUGGCAGUGAAUACCGACGAAGCCUGGUCCACUUGAAGCCACGGUAUGGAAAUGGGGGAGCCGAUGCCAGCUGCGAAUCAGCACCACAUUUGGGCCAGCCGAUCGCAUCGGAUCCAGCUCCGAUUAUUUGUGCACCUUCAACGCCGACAAUGUUUUCUGCGACUCCACAACCAAACGAAAAUCUUCGAGCCAGCUGCCGUGUUGAUGAAAAUAUUACGCCUCCUGCGAUCCAGUCGUUUUCGUCGUCCACAACACCAGUGACAGCACCGAAAGGCACAACGACAGCGCGUGAUGAUGAGGUGCAGCAACGCGUCGAGAAGCAAACCACACAACAAGUGACUCACGGUUCAACAUGCACCCGACCCAGACGUGAAACGCGCAUGCCGCGCAAGUUCAAAGAUUAUGAUUUGAGUUUUGAUUAA